AUGAUCAAAGUGGCUCAGAUAUUCAACAGGAAUCAUCAUGUCAUCAAACUGACUUGGCAGCAGAGAUGGCUUAAUAUCUUUUGCAUAUAUUUUCUUCCUCUCUUUCCUUUUCCCAUAAGCUGUCUUCUGUUUCUCUUUCAUCCCGGUGUAGCGGCAUUUUGCAUAUGUCGUCAAACAGGUCCAUCUAUUCCAUUCAGAGAUGAAUUCUCCUUCUUCAUACCUCAGAAGGUGAGAAACUUCAUUGAAGAGGUUAGCAGCUUUCACAUUCAAAAUGGUAACCAACCACUGGCAUGGAACACGGCCAUGAAAUUUUUAACAGCUCGUAAAUUUGAUGUUAAACGGGCAAUUGAUUUAUACAGAAAUCAUCAGAUUACAAGAGAACGAGAGGAUCUACUCUACAUUGAUCUUAAUGACAAGUGCUUGCAGGAAGAGCUACAGACUGAAAAAUUUACAAUAUUGAGUGGCCGAGAUCUUGGUGGAGCUGCUAUUGCUCUUUUCACUGCACGCCUUCACUUCCCUCCCUUGACAACUCAUCAAAAUGUUCUCAAGGCUCUCAUUCAUCAGUUGGAUGCUGCUUUAGAAAGUUUGGAGACACAGAGACAUGGACUGGUAUUCAUCUAUGAUAUGACGGAUUCAAAAUAUGGCAAUUUUGACUACAAUCUUAGUAUAAAGAUACUUAAUAUGCUCAAGGGUGCAUAUCCUGCUAGAUUGAAGAAAGUACUUAUUGUAACUGCACCGCUUUGGUUUAAAGCACCUUUUAAAAUACUGCGACUUUUUGUACGGGAAAAACUACGUGAUAGAGUGUUCACUGUAAAUCUUUCUGAGUUGCCUACCCAUAUUCCAUGUGAUUCUAUUCCUAAACAACUUGGAGGUUAUUUAGUGCCUAAUCAUACUGGUUGGUUAAAGAUUUGUUUUCAAGUAGCUACUGGCCAAAAUCCUGAUAUGUCUUCUUACUUUAUUAGUCGUAUAGCCCACCAGGGGAAUGCAUCAAAAGAAGUACUUCAAUCUGAAGCCUUAGCUGAGCGUGUUAGGACUCUCCGAAAAAAAGGACUUCAGCAAGAAUAUCUCAGUAUCAGAUCAGAAUCCCCAACUGGCAGUUUUCAUGUUUCAAAAGCCAAAUACAAUCUUCCAAAGAAUCGUUAUCUUGAUGUGUUGUGUUACGAUCAUUCCAGAGUUGUGUUAUCAUCAUUAGAAGGUGAUCCAAGUUAUGAUUAUAUUAAUGCAAACUAUGUUGAUGGUUAUAAACAAAAGAAUGCUUAUAUAACCACACAAGGUUGUUUAACAAGAACUAUAGGAGAUUUCUGGCGAAUGGUUUGGGAACAAAAGUGCCUUGUAAUUGUUAUGUUGACCAGGAUAAUGGAAAGAAAUCGCUUGAAGUGUGAACAAUACUGGCCACUGGAAGUUGAUACUCAAGAAAAUUAUGAUCAUUUUGUGGUGCACAAUACUUGUGUCAACCAUACUUCUGACUAUCGGGUUUCUACAUUGAUUUUACAGAAUAGUAAGACUGGUGAAGAACGAAUUGUUCAGCAUAUGCAGUUUCUCCGAUGGCCAGAUUAUGGUGUUCCCAACAAGGCAGAGUCCUUCCUCCAGUUUUUGCUAAAGGUUCAAAAUUUUCAAGCUGAAGCUGUGCACAAUAUGGAAGAUUCAUGGCAGGGACAUCCUCUUGGACCACCAAUUGUUGUGCAUUGUAGUGCAGGUAUUGGACGGACAGGUACAUUCAUCACAACUGACAUCAAUAUUCGAAGAUUUGAAGAUGUCAGUACAGUAGAAUUAUAUGAGACAGUUCGUAAAAUCCGAUCUCAGAGGGCAUUCAGUAUCCAGGUGCCUGAUCAGUAUGUUUUUUGCCAUUUAGCACUGAUUGAGUAUGCUGUUCACCAAGGACUAUUAGAAUCUAAAUGGCUUGAAGUUGAUAGUGAGAGCGAGAGUGACUAA